AUGCGUCUGGAGGAGGCCAGGACGGAUCUGGUGGCGAGCUGCGUGCCGGGUCUCUUCAAGCACAGCAGCCCCAGCUCCAAGCUGGUCAGCAUAGGAGCGCUGUCGCCCGAGCGGGACAGCGAGCUCGCGGAGUCCACGCGCACGGGGUCGUCGCCCCCAGGGGAGGCCCUCUCGGGCGGGGACGCGCCGUCGAUGUUCAUGCGGCUCCCGGACGUGGCCUCGCACCCGUUCGCCGGCAUGCUGGCUCCUUGCCUGCUGCGGCAGGUGCUCCCCCGGCCGAAGGAGCACGCGCGGUGCGCCGUGGUCGGCGCCUCCUCCCAGCUGGGAGACGCCGGGUCGGAGAUCGACGGGCACGAGGCCGUCUUCCGCGCCGGCACGUGCAGCCCCGUGGCCCUGGAGAAGCGCGCGAGGCAGGCGGGCAGCAAGGUGACGUACUGCGUGGCCUCGAGCCUGCUCGACGUCGGGAAGGGGGACCAGAGCCUGGUGCUCCUGCUGAAGAGCUGGAGGCACCUGCUGCAGGGCGGGCGGAGGCUCAUGGACGCGCAGAAGUUCCCGCUGUGCACCAACGGCUCCAGGCAGUUCCUCAUGCUGAGCCCCAGGAUCCUUCGGCUGUGGGACGAGCAGAUCACCGCCUGGGUAGACCGCUACGAAGACACCGUGAAUGUGGGCGUGGCGGAGAGCCUGCGGGAACGCUCGCCGUUCUGUGACCUCCGCUGCGCGACGCUGAUCGGGCUGUCGCCGGCGAUGCAGGCGUGCCCCGCCAGCUGCCCUAAGGUACUAGACCUCUCCCUGCAGUUUGCGGCCGUCGCCCUCGCCAUGGAGCUGUGCGAUCAGGUGUCGGUCUUCGGCUUCGACUUCGGGACAGGAGACCACGGCGAUUGGGGUGGCGUCAGGGCCAGCGCGGAGGAUGUCCACGAGCCCGCCGACUCACACGCGGGGCCGCCGGACGCUGCCGACGGCAAGCCUCCGCCGGACUCGGCCGACGGCGGGAAGGACGAGGAGGAGGAGGAGGAGGAGGAGGAGGAGGACCCGCCCCACGGAGACGAGGGGGCCGUGCGGGAUGCAGCGCAUGUGGCGGCACCGCCCCGCGGAGACCCUCUGCGGGAGCCUGCAGAGCCCGAACCACCGCCGCCCAAGCAGCAGCCGCCGUUGCCGGCCAAGCCACCGCCGCCCAAGCAGCUGCAGCCGCCGUUGCCGGCCAAGCCACCGCCGCCCAAGCAGCAGCAGCCACCGCCCAAGCCGAAGCCGCCGCCAGCCAAGCCGCCCAGGCUUCCGCCCUGGAAGGGCGCAGCAGGAUGGCCCCAGGCGCGGCCCAUGCCGCAGAGGCCGCCGAAGAGCGUGCCUACAGGGUACCGGAAGCCAUUCCAUGGCAGAAGGCUGCACGCGAGCCCGCCCAGGCUCAUCAAGAAGCCCAAGGUGAAGGCGCCAGCGCCGAAGGAUGACAUCCUGCCGGCCUCUGCGCCGAAGGAGGACAUGUUGCCCCCCUCCGCUCUCGAGCGUUCCCUGGUGGUGCUGUGGGGGCGGCUCGGGCUGGUGCGGAUCUCCAUGCUGUACCGCGAAGGCAGCGUGCCGAGAUUCAAUCUGAGCGCGCCCGUGACGAGACGCCGGGGCACCGGGCCUGCCCUCACGGCGGAGAGCGGCGCGGACGACAGGCGGUUCGCCUGGAGGCACGCGAACGCGUCUUCAGUGUGGCAGCCGCCAUCUGGGCUGUGGGGCCUGCUGUCGUUCGCCAUGCAGCGCCGCUAG